AUGUCCCAACCUAAUCACAUGAGCACCUAUUGCAAUCAAAGCGAGUUCACUAGAACCAGCUUUUAUGGUUCAAACCGUGACACCAUCCUCGCCACUCUCCGCGACCGUUCCUCCCUCGGAACCUAUUCCAACGCCACGACCGGUCUUAGCCCAAACACAGUCUAUGGUAUGUUCCUAUGCAGAGGAGACGUCAACACAACAUCUUGUUCAGAUUGUGUCUAUACCGCAACGCAAGAAAUCGCUAAAAACUGCACUUAUCAAAAAGAAGCUUUCGUAUUCUACUACGAAUGUAUGGUUCGAUACUCGGAAUUUUCUUUCUUCACACUCGUAGAGGACAUACCGUACGUGGCUAGUUACUCUCUGAUCCGUUCUUUGGAGUCUUUGCACUUUUUCAAUCAAACACUGCCUGGAAAAAUAGACGAGCUUAUCGUCAAAGCAUCGUCUUCGUCAUCGCCGGUUCCAUAUUUUGUGGAGGAUCAAGAACGUGUGACUCAAUCCGAAGGUUCGUAUGAGUUAGAAGGAAUGGUCCAGUGUGCUCCUGAUCUUGAUCCUUUAAAUUGCACCGUGUGCUUAAGACUUGCGGUCCAAGAUUUCUUCCAUUGUUGCAGCCAAUCUCGCUGGGCUCAGAUCUUCUUUCCUAAAUGUCUCGUCAAGUAUAACAUCUCUGUUUUGCAACCAAACGUACCAAGUCUUGGAGUUACAAAACGUGAGUCAUAG